AUGCCGCCUCGCAAGUCAUCUCAACGAGGCAAGGCGCCCGCUGUCACCGCACAGAAAGGCAAAGCUGGAAAGCGAAAGAUUGAGGACGACGAAGAUGACGUAGAGCCCACGCCAGAACCCAAGGCUGCGAAGAAACGCAAGACCGCCAAAGGCAAGGUAGAAGAUCUUGUGGCUCUAGCCACGCGAACCGUUAUAGAUACCCUUAAGAAGCCUAUGUAUAUCGGUGCGCAUGUCAGCAGUGCAGGAGGUGUGCAAAACUCGAUCACCAAUGCCGUUCAUAUCGGCGCGAACGCCUUCGCUCUAUUCCUCAAAUCUCAGCGCAAAUGGGCGAACCCGCCUAUCGCACCCGAAGCCCUCAAUGGGUUCCUCACACAAUCAAAAGAGCACAGAUUCGAGGCCCACAAGCACUGUCUACCGCACGGGUCAUAUCUCGUGAACCUCGCCGCCGCAGAGAAGGAGAAGGCAGAGCAAGCAUACAGCUCCUUCCUAGACGACUUACAACGGUGCGAGUCGCUCGGCAUCAAGCUAUACAAUUUCCACCCUGGAAACAGCAACGGCGAGCCCAGGCCUGAGGCCAUCGCGCGCAUAGCCAAGCAGUUAAACAAGGCGCACAAAGCGACGAGCACCGUGAUAACCGUACUCGAGAACAUGGCCGGGCAGGGCAACGUCAUCGGCAACACAUUCGAAGAUCUACGAGAUAUUAUCGAGCUCGUAGAAGACAAAGAUAGAGUCGGAGUCUGUAUAGAUACAUGCCACGCUUUCGCCGCCGGCUACGACCUCCGCACACCCGAAACCUUCGAAGCCACCAUCGACAAGUUCAACGAAACCGUCGGAUCCAGCUACCUAAAAGCCUUCCACCUAAACGACAGCAAAGCGCCCUUCGACUCACACCGGGACCUCCACGCGAACAUCGGCACCGGCUUCCUGGGCCUACGCGCCUUCCACAGCGUCGUGAACCACGACGGCUUCAAGAACAUGCCCAUGAUUCUCGAAACGCCCAUCGACCGGAAAGGCGACGACGGCAAAUCCUACGAAGACAAGCAAGUCUGGGCGGACGAGAUCAAGCUGCUAGAAUCGCUCAUCGGGAUGGACGCCGAAAGCGGCGAGUUCGCAGCUCUGGAGAAGCAGCUACAGGCCAAGGGGACUGCCGAGCGCGGCAAGAUCCAGGAGCAGGUCGACCGCAAGAGCGCCAAGGACGCGAAGAAGACGGCCAAGGCCGCACCCAAGAAGAAGGCCCCGCGCGGGAGGAAGAAAGCUGAGACGUCCGAGGACGAGGGUUCUGAUUGA